AUGGAUCCAAAUUAUUUGCACAAUUGUCACGUUUUUAUCUUCGACGGUAAAAACGAUUUUGAGGCUUGGUGGUUAAUGAUGAAGAAUUUUUUCCAAAAUAUUAGAGUUUGGAAUAUUGUCGAAACAGGAUACACGGAACCGGUAGAAGGUAUAGAAUUAUCAAGUGAUGCAGUUAAAGAACUAGAGAGAAAUAGACAGUUCGAUUGCAAGGCAAUGUAUUAUCUCAACACUCAAGUCCAGUUGCAUGUUGCCAAAAAAUUUAUACAUGCAAAGUCGGCAAAAGAGGCUUGGACAAUUUUAGUGAACUCAAAUCGAGGUGCUGCUAGUGUGAGAAAAAUCAGAUUGCAGGAACUUAGGAGACAAUUUGAGUUGGCCCAGAUGAAAUCCAUGGAGUCAGUUAAAGAUUUUAUUGGUACAAUUAAAGAAAUUGUCAACGACAUGGAGUCCAAUGGUGAGAAUUUGGAAGAGGUUAGAGUUGUUGAAAAAGUUCUAAGAUCUCUAACUGCCAAAUUUCACACCAAGAAGACAGUCCUUGAAGCCACAAAGGACCUUGACAAUUUGUCACUUGCUGAAUUGGAAGGUGAAUUGCUGAUGUAUGAGAUGUCCUUGAAUCAGCAGCCAUCGGAUACAGUAGAGGAGGUGUUACAAGCCAAGGUGGAUCACCCAAAAGGAAAAGAUGUGAAUCGUAUGGACACAAAUCAAAGGGGCCAGAACUUCAGAGGUAGAGGACGUCGAGGCAGAGGUAACUUUCCUAGUCGUGGAAGAGGUAAUUAUUCUUACCAUCCCAGAAACAAUUCUAAUAGGGAUCAGAAAAACAAUCACCAGCAGAAUCAAAGAAAUAAUUUUCAAAGACGUGAUAGAUCUAAUGUCCAAUGUUAUAACUGUGGUAAAACUGGACAUUAUCAGAAUGAAUGUUGGUCUAAUAAAGAGGUACAUGCUAACGUGGUUGAAAAUAGUAGUGAUAGAUAG